AUGGCUACCGCAUACCAUCCGCUUCCCGGGGAAUUGAACGCUUUCCACCGUGGUCGCAAUAGCUCCCAGACGAGCUUUUGCUUGCCCCCACCAUUGCCGCAGAGGAAACGGGCUUCAUCAUUCUAUCCACCGAGAGAUCCUGUGGCAACAGACGAAACGAACCCAUUCUACCUCGAGCGCUCUCUGGAGUACGGAGCCCGGCGAGCUCACCGGUCUGGUGCUCGCGAUGUUAGAUUCAGUGAAGAAGCUAAUCAGUAUUAUAUGCUAUCCACCGUGAAUCCUGGACAAGAGCUUCCUUUCCCUGCUCCGGUUCGUGGGGAGACUGCAAGGUCUCGUACUAAUAUCAAUCGGUCAACACUCUCGGUGGUCGAACUUGAGCAUCAACAAGCUCUUCAACAGAUUUCACCACAGCCUUGGGGUCAUUCCAGCCACUAUAGCCAAGGAUCGUUUGGAUCAGUGCAAACAGAGGCUACUCCAGACUUGACCCCAAGCAGUUCCUUCUCCUCGAACUACUCCACUCCCCUAUACCCGGACGACACAGUCAGACUGGGCGAGCAAUCUGCCCGUCAUUCCCAUAAAGAUACACCAUCUGGAAACCCGAAACUCUUCUAUCCCUUGACGCCCCGGAGCCGUCCUCAUACGGCGGAGCCACCCAACCAUCUACACCCCCUCGGGAAGCCAGCCUGCGGACUGCGCCGUCCAACGCGUCGUCUGAUACUUUAG